AUGUGUAAACAUCCACCCGAAUCGCAACUCAAGCAUUCCGAUCGCAACCAGGAAUGUUGGGUGGUUAAACACAUUUCGCCAGGAACAACCACCCGAAUCGCAACUCAAGCAUUCCCGAUCGCAACCAGGAAUGAAUGUUGGGUGGUUGAACGCAGAUCGCAACCCCAUCCAAAAAGGCUAUUGCCCUUUGAGACCCGUCCACUGCCAACAAAACACCAAAAAGUAAUACUUAACUUGUGGCAAAUUAAGAGCGUCGCUAGCCAGUUUAAUCAUUUCCAGGGAUUGUUGUUCGUAACUGAGUAUACUAGCAAGGUUACGAGUAUACCGACUGUGUUCUUCAUGCUUGUCGGCACAGAAAUCAGAACAUUUUUGUCGAUAUAA